UGGAAUCCAUAAAAAUCAAAACCAGGGGGGAAAUGGAAUCCAUAAAAAUCAAAACCAGGGGGAAAUGGAAUCCAUAAAAAUCAAAACCCCCGCCUGUUCGAUCCUUUCUCAGCCAUCAACCCUAAUCUUUGAAUUAGCAAGAAAAAAGCCUUAGGGAUCGACUUCAUCUUCACCCACCUCCAACGCCUCCAACCCUAGUCCUUCAUCCAACACAACUCGGGAUUUCUCUGGAUGAAAACCUCCAACUACAUCCUCCACAUGAAAAAAAAACCUAAUUAGCGGCCACGUUUUGACAUCAGGUAUCCUUUGGAUGAAAGCCUUCUGUUGAAACCAGGGUCCCUUUGAGAUCUUCUAUUAGGGACAAUUGCUUAUAUUUAGUUCAUACAUCCCCUCUAACCAAACCACUAGCAUCGCAAAACAACCCUAAUCUUCUAUUCGUUCGUCUUGGCGGCUAGAGAGGGAAUUGUUCAAGGUUUUUGUGUGGGUCUGCCGGAUUUAUGAGUCACCGUCGAGGGAAGAGGGGGAAGAGGACUUCGAGACAAAAUUUUCUCCAACCUAAGCUAUCGAUUCCUAUUAUUUUCUUCUCAUUCUUUUCUGUUUUCCCCGCCAAGCACCAUCUACCGCCAUGGUCGGCAGCCUAGGCUGUCAGCGUGUUUCUAUGUCGCCACCCUCCACAAUUAGACAGUUGGAGGGUGAACGAAUUUCUCCAUCAGUUCGAUUCUUGCAUAGAAGUUGCAAUCCAAAAACAAAAGGAACAGCUGUCUGUCGAGCUCAGCAAAAUGAUGCUUCUGAAGUAUUGGGAGUGACAUUUGACUGUUUACACCAAUCGUUCAAAUCAUCUGGUUUUGGUUGUGGUGGAGAGAACCUAGAGGGCCUUAAGCAUCGGUUUCUGGAAAGCAAUCCAGGACAUCCUUUUGCUAUUGGUCUUACUCUGGCAAAGCUUGCUGCUUUUACAGUGGAUGAAAAGGGGAAUGAAACAUUUGACACCAGUGGUGCACUAGAUAAAUUACGAAAGUCAUUGCAACUUGAAAGGCUUGCUAUGUAUCACGAUUCCAGCCAACCUCCUUGGAUGGUGGAUAAGAAAUGGGAAGAUCUCAGUCCUAAGGAUUGGGUUGAGAUAUUUGAAGAUGGAAUAAAUGAACCUGCCAAGGGUCAUGCAGUUUCUGCAUGGGCUCGAGAUCGCCACUACUUAGUUUCACUAUAG